GGUGCUCGCCGCUUUUUACGGUUCGUGCCAAAUACGCGUUUUCGAAAGUGAGUGCGAAUACGUCAUAAAUACUGGAUUACUUGCAAAAAUAUACUGUGAAACAAAUGAGAAAGAGAAUGAAUGAAUGACAACAAGAAAAACAAGUGAUAAUAUACCACGAAUAAGCAUCGUGAAUGGCAAUCUCUAAACCUCCCCGAGAGCAGUGAUUUUUUAUUAAGAGAUAAAGAACAACAUAGAAACACUAAUUAAUUGAAGAAUUGUGUGCGAUUAUUUCGCCUUCGAAUUCGUCAGACAUCAUGGAUCCCGAUUGUUUUGCAAUGUCUUCUUAUCAAUUCGUUAAUUCACUUGCCUCUUGCUACCCUCAGCAAAUGAAUCCACAGCAAAAUCACACAGGCAAUCCCAGUGGCGGAGCAAAUGUUGCGACCAGUAAUGGAGUUCCCGGAGCGGGUGGAGGAGGCGGCAGUUCUGGUGGCCAAGGUAACUCUGGACCCGGCACUCCGGGUGGUAAUGAUUACUUCCCUUCUGCUGCUGCAUAUUCACCGAAUUUAUAUCCCAAUACACCACAGGCGCAUUAUGCCAACCAAGCAGCUUAUAGUUUAGGGGGAGCCGGCGGUGGUGGACAACAGAAUCCUGAUAUGGUAGAUUACACACAGUUACAGCCACAACGAUUGCUACUACAACAACAGCAGCAGCAUGCACAUGCGACGGCGCAACAUGCUGCUCAACAGCAACAACAACAACAACAAACACAUCCUCAACAACAACAACACCCGCAACAACAACCAACACAACAACAAACAAAUAUUAGUUGUAAAUAUGCCAAUGACCCCUCAACGCCCACCGGAAAUAAUAACAACACUAACGCCAACAAUAACAAUACAAGCGCACAAUCUCUAGCCAGUCCACAAGAUCUCUCCACGCGAGAUAUCUCACCGAAAUUGUCACCCACAUCAGUAGUGGAGAGUGUGGCCAGAUCAUUAAACAAAAGCGUACUUGGUGGUAAUCUAGCUGUGGCGGCAGCUGCAGCCAACAUAACCAACAACCAUGGCGUUGUGGGUGGUAGUGGCGGUCCUGGCGUAAAUGUCAACGUCAACGUAAAUGUGCCAAUGCAUAGUCCUGGCGCAGGUGAUUCCGACUCGGAAAGUGAUAGCGGCAAUGAGGCUGGGAGUAGUCAAAACAGUGGUAACUGUAAGAAGAAUCCGCCGCAGAUUUAUCCUUGGAUGAAGAGAGUACAUUUAGGACAAAGUACUGUUAAUGCCAAUGGCGAGACGAAACGACAACGGACCUCAUAUACCCGCUAUCAGACGUUAGAGCUGGAAAAGGAAUUUCAUUUCAAUCGUUACCUGACCCGUCGGAGACGUAUCGAAAUUGCGCAUGCUCUCUGCCUCACCGAACGACAGAUAAAAAUCUGGUUCCAGAAUCGGCGCAUGAAAUGGAAAAAGGAGCAUAAAAUGGCAUCCAUGAAUAUCGUACCAUAUCACAUGGGACCAUACGGUCAUCCAUACCAUCAAUUUGAUAUUCAUCCGUCACAAUUUGCCCAUUUGAGUGCAUAGGACGCGUGGCACUUUUCGGGUACUGGUUAGAGACUCAAUCAGUUGUAUCAGGAACCAUAUCAGGCGGCGGCAGCAGCUAGCGUAGCAGCUGGCGGAUAUCAGACGCAAAACGCACAAGACUCCGGCAUGCCGCUGGGCGGCGGUGCUGGAGUUGGUGUCGGUGUUGGCGUUGGAGUUGGCGCGGGUGGUGGUAAUUCGUUAUUCGCUUCGGCGGCCACCUCCAAUGCUGAAUGUGUCAAAUAUCCGCAAGAGUUCUGAUCUCAAAUUAUCUUUAGAGAGCAUCAACAGCAAUUGCAUACCCAACAUGAGAAUGAACAGCAGUUAUAUCAGCAACAACAGCAAGAACAAUACCAACGACAUCAACACCCGCCGCAACAUCACAUACACCAAUCGGAGCGUAAUCCCCUAUUGCAACUCUGCGAAGAAAAGGAUAUAUGUGAAGACCCAGAAGCGACCGAGCUGGAGUUCAAAGAUGAAAUUGUUGGUGGUUGUAAUAUGUAUUGUUGCUGAGAAAUGCUAAUUGUUGGUACUGCAACACAGCUGUAGAUGCUUCCGAGGCUGCUGCUAUAGAUGCUGCUAGCGACAGCUAAAAACAAGAACAACGAUGAUAAUUUCUGAAUGCAACUGAUUUGUGUUAAGCAAGCAUUGAGCCUUUAAAUGAACAUUAUUCGUAAUGUGACUCCUGUGAAGGGAGUGGCUCGUGCAGGUUUAUGAUACUGGUCAGCAAUGGAGGAAUUUCAAAAUGACUUUCAAUAAAUUCUGAAUGUGGUGCAUUCAUGAAAUUCACAUUGAGACUCCUCUCUACUUGUGUAUAUAGUAUGUAUUUCAAAAGUACUAAAAAAUCUUCGAACAGAAGUUUUUGGGUAUCGUCCUCUUUUUCGUGUCAACACGAUAACCGUCCAGUAUGAUAAACCGCUAAAUUCUCUAAGCAGUAUUCGAAAAGCCAUUAGUUAUAAGGAAACCUCAGCACCACCGUCAGGUCACAAGCAACGAUGAUAAAUUUAUACAAUAUUUUCCAUAUUAAUUAACAUAAUUUCAUUAAAAAAAAAUAUUUAGUUUAUUUUUUUAAUUAAUUUUUUUAAACAUCAUAGACUGCAUUUACUUAUAUAUAAUAACGCUAAAUUCCAAAUUAAUUUGCAAACCGGUAAACAAAUCAUGCUUGUUACCGACGGCAGUGCUGUUUAGUGUUAUUGUAGUUUAAUCUGGUAGGUAAUAUGGUGUAAAGAUAACAGUGAUUCUCAAACUGUACGUAUAAUGUUUGCGUCUUUUCUCUAAAGCACACAUCUUUAAGAUCAGCGCUUCUCAAACUGUCAACUUUUGCUAUUCAAGUUUUGAACCAGUGCUAAAAGAGCAAGAGAAACAGAUUUUGUUAAUUUUUGCUUGCAAAUUGCGGCGACAGUACUUAAUUUUAUUUAUUGGUCGAACAAAUAUGUUAAAUAUCUGCUAGUUUUGUUAUUUGAUUCUUUUGGGCCGGCUCGUUUUCUCUAAAGUACAAUUUUUAUAAAUAAAAUUUUAAUGAAAUGUUACACUACAAUUUUUCAAAUAUUACAGCAGAAUCAGCUGAUGAGCAGUAACAGUUGUUACCAAUUUUUAUUGAGCCGCAUUCGGUGAGACAAAAAGCCAAUUAAAUUUGCAUCGAGUGAGCGCAAUUUUGACAUUUCGUUACUGUACAUACAUUUAUGUAAAUAUUGAAUAUGAUGGUUUGUUCUGUAAUUUGAAGUUUAUGAUACUUUUGGAUUAGAGUUGUUGGUUCUUUAUUUCUCUCACAUUUCAUAUUCAUUUAUAAAUUUCAGCUUUAAAA